CGGCUUGGGGCGAAACAUCAUCCUUACCACGAUGCCAGCUGGAACGAAACUGAUCGCUGGGAACAAACCAGUGAGCUUCCUGACUGCCCAGCAGUUGCAGCAGCUGCAGCAACAAGGCCAGGCUGCCCAGGUGCGGAUUCAAACAGUUCCAGCCUCCCAUCUCCAGCAGGGAACCGUCUCUGGCUCUACAAAAGCCGUGUCCACUGUAGUUGUCACAGCAGCCCCAUCUCCAAAACAGACACAGGAUCAGCCAUGAAAGUGUCAGCACAAUUAUAUAUAUAUAUAUAUAUUCAACAAAUUCUGUAGUUCUUUUGUGCCAUUUUCACCAGAGGGAUGCCUUGUCUUGGCGGUAUGCAGGUUGGUUCCCAAUAUACUAGAAGCAGCUCCGAUGUUCUCUUGGAUUCUGAACAGGCUGAUACGUGCACAGCUAGUGUAGCAGGCU